AUUCGCCCUUUUCGCUUCUUCUAUUAAAACGUGAAGGAUGGCACCAACUGCUAAACCUGCAACCAAGCCAGCAGCAGCUGGUUCAAAGGAUAAAAAAUUGCCUGCAGUUCCCGAAAGUAAAUUGAAGGAUGCAAAACGUCGAUUGACGACUCGUGGAUCGCUUUUACUUCGUAAACGAAUCAUUCGCUCUAAAGUAGCAUUGCGUAAACGUCAAAACUUAAUCCGUGCUGAGCGUUACACCAGAACCUACUUGAAAUUGCAACGAGAUGUCAUUGAAAAGGCACGCGAAGCAAAGAAAUCUGGAAAUAUUUACAUUCCAGAAAGACCGAAAAUUGCUUUAGUGAUUCGUAUUCGAGGUAUCAACAAAGUUGCCCCAAAAGUAAAGAAAGUUUUACAGCUCCUCCGUUUGCGUCAAAUCAAUAAUGCUACAUUUGUGAAGCUCAAUAAGGCUACUCUCAAUAUGUUGCGUAUUGCCCAACCGUAUAUUACCUACGGAUAUCCAUCUCUGAAGACCAUUCGUGAUUUAUUGUACAAACGAGGUUUCGUUAAGCACGGAGGACGUCGUAUUCCCAUCACCGACAACUUCGUAAUUGAACGUAAAUUGCGUCAUGGCUACAACGUUCAAUGCCUCGAAGAUAUGGUCUACCAAUUGUACACCGUUGGUCGUGUCUUCAAACAGGUCAACAACUUCCUUUGGCCUUUCAAACUCAACACACCAACUGGAGGAUGGCGCAAGAAGAACAACCACUUCGUCGAUGGUGGUGACUUUGGAAAUCGCGAGGAUAAGAUUAACGAGUUGCUUCAGCGAAUGAUCUAAGAAGGAAUAUUUGCAGCAUAAACACUUUUUUUUAUAAAGAAGCAACCAUCUAAACAUGAUGUGUAGUAAGAUCACAUACACAAUUAUAAAAGAAAAUAAAAAAUAUGAAAAUUCAAAAGAAGAAAA